CGUGCGGUCGUCCUGCGGAUUGUAAAUUCCUCCCUUAUAAACCAUAAUUUCUUUGCGACGCGUGAUCUUUGCGUCUCUUUUGAUUAACAGAAUAUUGCUUCGGGCUAUACAUUCGAAAAAAAAUUAGAUUUGCGAAUAAAUUGUGUUGUGUCCUAUAACUGAACGAAAUGUGUGUGUAGCUGUGACUGUAAAUUUCAUUAUUAUCUCGCCGUACGUCCAACUGAAUAUAAUUUCGUUUUUAGUUAACUGAAACGUUAUACAUAUGUCGCGUCUAGUGGUGAACAGUGAGCAGUAGGAAGAAGUGUAGUGCUGUCAAUAACGUGGUAGCCAAAUAAAUAUAUAAAAAGUGAACCUUAAACAAGGAAGUUCUCCCAUAACGCCAUAUAAAGGAAUAUAUUGAAAAUCUAUGUAUGACGAUGCUGUCGAACAUUGCGUAACUUGUUAAAAUGGGGCAGAUGUCAAUGAGUUACUGAGAAAAACUAUAACUUGCACGCAUGUCCUUAUUAAAUAGCUUGGCAAAUGAUAGCUUUGUUGAGCGAGGCGAAAGUAUAGCUGAAUAACAUUGAACGAGGUGCAAUAGAAAAGGCCAAGUCAAUGUCGCUGUUGAUUAAACUUGCCAGGCUAUCAACGACGAUAUUUCUGGUGAUGCUGCUGCCAGUGGCACCUCAGGACAAAAUAGAAAACAAACAUCAACAGAAUGACCAAUACAGAAUGGAUCAAAAGUUUUCGUUGCCCGCCGUACCGCUGCCGCCACCGCCGACUUUCUCGGCGGCCAAGCACAACUUUUCCAUGAACGCCUUUGCGGGUGACCAUGCUUUAGGGGGUCACCGCUCUCCCUCUCGCUUAACAGGAACCAUAUAUGGCAGUUCCGGCUGCGGUGGUCUGCUCAAGGCGAGAAACGGCAUCAUUCAAACACCUAACUUUCCACAUCGGUUCUCCACGCCAAUCGAAUGCAUAUGGAUAAUCGAUGCCUCUGAUUUGCCAACAUCUCAGGGGAAGGAAAAUAUAUCUAUAGUAGUCUAUCUAACACAACUUUACGUGCUGAGCGGUCUCAAGCUCACCGAGUAUAUGUAUUACUCUGAUGACUUCAAGGUGCCAGCGCACCGCCUUUUUACCCUGACUGAAGACGAAGUAACCCAGGUCUCCUGGGUGCAGUUCCACAGUCAGUAUUUGGAGAUAAGGUUUACUAUGGAAACCUUGGACGGAACUCAUUUACGUGCACUGGAUCGCUUACUGGAUGUGUACGGCUUCAACAUAACAUACGAGGUGCAGCAUGAUGUGAAGGAAUCGCAGUGCAAUACUCUCCAAUGUCGCUUUCUUGGAGAUUGCUAUGCCAGCGCUGACUUUGGUUCGUAUGGUUGCGCCUGUUUUCCAGGCUUCAGUGGCAGCGAUUGUGGACAUGGUCCGUUAUGCAAAGACAGCCAUACUAACGUGUGCCAAAACGGUGGAACGUGCAAGCACAUUGGUGAUGCGGCCAUAACUUGCCACUGUCCAGUGGGGUACAAAGGAACUAAAUGUGAAAUACCCGAAAUAAAGAGGACCACGCAGGGAUGCACUAUUAAUGCGAGCUCCCUCGAUUGUCACAAUGGCUGCAACUUUGACAAUUACAACGAAGCUACUGUUAGUUCCAGUCAGAGCUACUCGGUUCUGAGAAGUAAUCCCAAUUCAGCACGCAGCGGGAAAACUCGUUACGAAGUGACCAUGCGACUUGGUGCAAAUCUAACAGGAUAUUAUCGACAUGCUGAGAGGGAGCAGCUGUCGGGUGUUAUGGAAAGACAGCUUGGUCGAGUGUUGCGCAAUUUCAACAUUACAAAAAUCAGCGAUCUUGAACUGAUUUCGAACUCCACCGAUCGCUUGGAUAUGACUUUUCACUUUUUUGGCGACAAAGGUGACUCGCAGCGCAUUCGGGAAGCUAUUACACGAAUGGUGGAACGUGGAAGAAUCGGAAACUUUACAUUGGUUGCUAAUUUUCAUCAUUUCGACGAGAAUCCGCCGUUGAAUAUGCUGGAUCUGAGCGUCAAUCAACCGCAUGCAAGCGUGCGCGAGGACAGUGAGUUUAUCAUAUCCUGCACAGCCCAAGGCUCAUCCCGCAUGCAAUUUCAGUGGUUCAAAGAUGGAGCCGCGGUAAAUGCAAGCAAAGCAACGAGGGAAAUCUGGACUACUGUUCUGCCACCUGAAAACAAAGAUGUCUACACGGCGAUACUGGGCGUUAACAAGGCUAGUCGGAUUGAUGAGGGUGUCUACAGUUGCAAGAUCACCGACUGGGGCGUAGAGCAAUGCCGGUCCCUACACAUUCACAUUAAGUCACCUCCCCGUCUAAGAGUGGAUCCUGCCAGUGUUACAUUGCAGCGAGGAGAUUCCCUGCGAGUGCGUUGCCUCUCGCCCGGCAACGAUGACAUCAAGCGAUACGCCCAGCUGGGCUACAGUUGGACUCGAAACGGUGUGCUGUUCCAAUCAAACACUGCCACCGCCAUGUGGGAGGAUCUCUACCCCGAUGGCAGUAUCCUGAAGAUCAACAAUAUACAAAAGUCCGCAGAGUACGCCUGCCUUGUCUCCAAUAGUGUGCGGCCUGUGUCCAAGAGUGUCUACAUCAACGUUAUUGAACGCAAUGCGGCGCACGUUUGUGCCGCGGAGUCCACCUACGGAGUGCACUGGCCCACCAGUGCCCCAGGAGCACCCAUCAUUACAGAUUGUCCGCGAGGCUUUGAGGGCCAUCUGCGACGAAUCUGCGAGCAACGCGAUACGGGAAACUCUAGUUGGUUACUGCCCGACUUCUCAGGCUGCGUGCGCGAUGAGCUGAUUCUUAUCUACAACCGAUAUCGCGCUUUGAGUGCUGGAUUCCAGCAAACGAAUUCCUCGAACAUACUUAAAGCUUGUUUUGAUUAUACAAUUCAGAGACGUUACAGAUUUCUGCCCGGCGAGGCGAGCUUCCUCAUUGACAUGUUGCAUGAGCUCGACACCUACUUGCAACUGAAAGGUACCCAACUAGAGCGUGAGAUGGCCGCGGAGAUUAUACUGCGCAUUCUGGAUAAAGUCAUGCAGAAUGCUCAAUCCUUGAACAGUCAACAGCAAAUUAAAAAACUGCAGCUGUUAACGCAAUCAGCGGCGCUGAACCGCGAGACAAUUGCGGCCUCACAAUUGGCCACAUCGACAAGCGGCAGCAGUCAGCCGUCGCCAGCUGACAGCUCGACAACGCUGACCGCACAGGCCAACAUCAGGGGCGAUGACGGCAGUGGCUCGAGAGCAACGGUGGGCGACAUUUCUGCCGGAUCUGCGGGAAAUUUGCAGGCGACUCGUGCCGUUGGCGGUGAUGGCGAUGGCAGAGCAGGAGCUCCCAGCAUUUUGACAGUCGAUGAGGACACGCUGUCACUGGAUCGACUCAACUCGCUACGAAUUUAUAUGACAUCAGUGAAGACCCUGCCCUUUAAUUUACGAAUUUACGACGAGGAUUUAUUUUCGGAUCAACUCUAUAUGGAUAUCGGACUAUCCAGCCGUCUGCUUCAUAUCAUGGCCAACUCCACAAUAUUUGCUUCUGUAAUCUCCUAUAAGAACUUAAAAAGUUUCCUUCCCAAAACAUACUACACAAGAGGAAGCGAUCCCAGGGACUCCGACUAUGUGCUUGCUUCACGGAUUAUCCAGACCUGGCUGUUCCAGUCGAAUCGGUCCAACGACAACUUUCGAGAACCCCUCGAUUUGCCAUUCGAAUCAGGCCACGUGGAGAUCAUUUUCCAACACGAGAGUGUUCCCAUAACGGGUAAUUGGGUGGCCGUGUGUGGACACGACUACAAGGCCUCAUUCGAGUCCACUUGGCGAUCGGACUUGUGCAUCACCAAGCAUCUGAUGGCUAACAUAACUCGCUGCAUUUGCCCACUUUCUGGAACCUAUGUGGUCAUGCUCACCAAGCGCCAGCAAAAUAUUACGCAGUCGCAUGCACCGCAACGCCCAAUCUUCGUGAUCGCCAGCUGCGCCUGCUGUCUCCUCCAAUGCGGAUCGGCUCUCCUCAUUCUGGUGCCGAUCUGGUGCAAUCGCAAGUGUGCCAUUACCUUCCUCAAAAUCCAGUUCUGCAUCUCAACAUUGAGCGUAAUGCUCAUAUAUUUGUUGGGCUUCAUGAAAAUGCUGCCAAUGAACUGGCACGCAAUCAUUAGCAGCUCGCUUGCAUCGCUGUUGUUGCUGGGCGUCUCAACGCUGAUUGCGGUUGCUUUGGUCAUACACACGGAGUUGAUGCCCAAGAAGUAUCUGCAAAUUGGCAGCAAGCCGGCGACGCCCACCAGGCAGGACAAAAGACGCCGCGAGCGCGAGAGUUUAAGCAACAUUAUCCAAAUUCGCACCCAGUCUUCCGUGGGGGCUACGGUGGUAGCUACAAACUCUAGCAACAAUCGCAGGCCUUUGCCAGUGAAAAGCGAUUCCUCUCACCAGAGCGGAGCGGCGGGCAUACGUGGCGCCAUCGGCAUUAGCUGGUUGCUGCCGCUUCUUUUCGCUGUUGCCGCCCCACUAAUCUGCAGCAUCAUUGGCAAGUGGCCCCGCCAUUGGUGGCUGGACAUUCUCUCUACUGUGUCUUCGGAUGACUCUGCCAGCAAGUCCGAUGUUGAGCCAACGGAGUUUGAUGGUAUCUUCUAUACGCAUUCGCUCCUCAAUGGCGAUAAUUUACUGAUGGAAUCGGAAGCGCUGCUGGGGAAUGCAACGAGCACUCCAGCUGAGACAUCAUCAAUUGGGCUGGAAGAUGAUGUGGCCACGUCAACAUCAUCAAUCAGAGCCAGCAGUAGCUACAGCAGUGGCUCUAGCAGUGACAGCAGCAUGGCAGUCGCAGUAGCUGCGGCCUCGACUUGGCCACAGCAACAACAGCAGAUGCCAGCCACUUGGAGCCGCACUACCUCCACUUCCACCUCAGGGUAUGGACAGGCCGCGGCUUUAACUUCCGGCCUGAACGGAGCGGCAUUCUCAUCGACGUCGACGCCGUUGUCGCCUUCUCUGAGCUUCAUCCUGUUCGUUUGCAUCGAUUUUCUUUUAAUUUUCCUCUUCUUUGCGCUCUUUUCCAUUUUAAUGAAGAAACUUUUGUGGUUGUGGCACAAAAAUCGCAAUGUGCAUACGCAUCCGUUGGAUAAAUUCAAUCUGGCUUUGCAAAGGCGACUUGGCCUAUUAUACAGAGCAGGCGGACUGCUGCUCAUUAAGCUAUGCACCGAUGGGUUCUUCAUCGUUUAUGUUAAUUCAUUACCGGAUACCUUAUGGGGAUAUCUGUUUGGCAUAUCGUGCAUAAUAUUGGGCUUUGGAAUCCUCUUUUGUUUUGUCAUCAGGUCUGAAAGCCAACUGCGGGGGCCACCGUUCCUGAGCAGCAACGGUAGCAGUCAGAAUAGCUCGUUAAAGCAGACAAAGUUCAACACGAGUAAGAGCAGCCUGGACGAUAAAUACUGCACUACAACGGCUAACGUCAACAGUCCAUUAAGCUUCUACACUAACCAUGACAAAGAGAAGGAGAGCGAAUGUGCGGUAUCAUUGUCAGCAGCAGCAGCUCAGACAUCUUCAUCUGGAGAAAGCGUCCCACCCCUCCAAUCAAAGGUGGGACUGGAGCUGUCCGGAGUAACUGGAACUGCCGUGCAAUUGCCGUCGACAAUCAUUUCAACGGUUCCGCGUUGCCAGGCAGCAAAUACUGCAUCUGUUACAAUUGGCAGUUCGACGGAGACCUUCCUCAGUGACCGUCAAACGCUGCCACUGACUGUUGCACCUUCGCCGGACACACGAUGCUGCGCACUACUUAGUGGAGGAAAUGCAUACGAUGCAUACACGAUGAGCAUGGGGAUGGGGGGACUUACAGGGAGCCUUGGAAGACGAACGUUGCAUCAACAACCAACUCAUUUCCGUUCGGGACCAUGCGGGGACUUUCUGGGUGUCGAGACACUGGAUAUAAUUCAAGGUGUAGCAGCAGAUAGCAUAAUUGGAAUUCAUACCAGCGCCAUAAUGCCUUCGGCUAUGUCCGCUUCUCACUAUGUUCCGCUGCAACAUAACCCAUAUGUAGAUUUUGUGCCCAGCUCACUAAUACUCAGCUUGCCAGCUCAUCAUAUGCCCCCACCGCCGACUAUAAGUGGCAACUUGAGCGGUUCUGGGAUUUCCAGUGCCACACUUUCGAUGUCCUUGCCUACACCAAACCCCAAGACACAGAAGCGAGUGACCAUUCUGGAACCCACGUCACGGACGACCUUCGACCCUCUGCUCCCCACAAUGGUGACAGCAGUGAUCUCGACCAGCACCGCGACAACGACGGCUGCAAUACCUAUUUCUACUCAAAGUGGUGGAAUAGGAUGUGGUAGUGGCAGUGGUGGCAAUGAUGCCACGCUAGAUCGCAUAACCAUGGACCUCGACUAUUUACUGAAUAGGGGAAAUUUGGAAAACGUGGAGGGAGGAGAGCCACCGCUUCCCCAACAAGGUCCUACAGACGAUGCACAACUGAAUCAACAGAAAUAGUAACAGCAACAAAGUGAGCACUUUUAAGCUGAAACAUUUAUUCUAUUUGGCAUAUUCUAAUACACUAAGAUGCAUUUACGAUGCUUCGAUUUUGAAUAUCAGAUGUAAAUAGGUGUAAAUACUAUACUAGAAAAACCUAAAGAUGAAAAUUUCACAGAGCUUUGCAUUUGCAUUUUCUGUUUUUAUGCAUUAACUAACAUUAAUUGAAUAUUUUAAGUGGUUUAAAAACUGACACAUGGCAUGUGGGAAAACUAUGAUAACCAUCUGAAUUUGAAUCCUAGGUUAGCCCCAUUAUACAAGUACAUAUAUCAGUCAGAAAUAUUUUUCUGUUCGAACUCUGUCAGAUUCAGUCGGCGAAUUAUAUAGUAUGCUAAGUUCUCAUUAUUGGAAUAAUAUCAUUUAAAGUUAUUUCGACAUCAAGCAUAAUUAUAUUCAUAUUAAGAUUUCAAAGUUAACUAGGAGAAAUCGGAUAUAAAAACCAACUGAGAGAAUUUAAACAAAAGGUAACUUUUUAGCUAGAUUUACAAAAGGGUACUGGCAUAACCAUAUGAAAAUGAUAAAUUAAAGAGCGAGAACACUAAAGUGUGCAAAAGUUUUUGAUUCCAUUUAAAAUUUUCCUAGUCAUAACACAAAAUAAGCCCAAUUAAGAUAUACAAAAUUACAAUAUACAAUAAUUGUAAUACUAAUAAGAAUAACAGGAAUAUUUCUGCAACAAUAUUAAUUAUACAGAUAUAUCUUUAAAUAAACUCAAGACUCUUGUUAGAAAAACUAUAGAGAAACCAAAGAGACCGCUAUUUUCUUUUCAAAUAGGAAUCGGAUUAAGUAAAGCAAACGAGUCGUCUAUAAAGCUUUUGUUAUUCAAAUCAUACUGGUAACUUACAUCGCAUUAGUAGGCUUUCGGGAGUAGUCUCAAGUGUGGUCAAAAUUUCCAAAAACCAGUGAAGGAAAUAUAAAUAUAUUUAUAUUUUACAAUUCUUAAGCGACUUACCCAACCAUCGUUACCAUCGUUACAAAAAUGCCAAUUCAAUGAUGACAAGGAUGUACAUAUACCAUGUAUACCAAAUAUGCAUAUUUCCGAGCAAUCACAGGUGUCUUGUCGUACUGAAAAGCUUAGAGCCCAACUGGAUCCCCGAAUAUAUCACUGAAGAGUACUUGAUCUAUAAAAAUACUUCCCGUUAACCACACACCUCCAAUAUUGUUAUUGUACUACAACCAUCACCAAAUAGGAUUAUUUACCACCAGGAAAUAAACAAAACCCAUAAAAAUGCAGUAUGUUACACGUUUAUAAAAGAUAAUAAAAGAUUUAAU